AUGAUACCGAAUCACAUAUUGAUACUAGGUUCUCCUAACAGUGGGAAAUUGAGAAUUGCUAAUUUGAUUUCAAGAAACGAAGAGAUCCCACAACUAGAGGAUGCUGAAUCACAUAGUGGAUUGAUAAUAAAAACGUCACUACGAACAAAGUAUUACUUUCUCAAAUUAAAUAUACUAAUAGAUGAAUAUUUAGAGUCAAAAGAGACCCCUGAUGAAAGCAAGCUUUCAGAACUACAUAAGUGGUACCAAGAAUUUAAAUCUGAGGAAUUUGGAGAGUUGAGGGAGGUAUUGGAUGGUUUAAUGUUUACCAUAAAUAUGAAAACAGAUUCUAUAUCCUUUAUUGGUGAAGCUUUGGAGAUAAUAGAGCAAAUCAAAUUAUCAUUGGGUGAUGAAGAAAGUUUCCAUAACUGGGGAGGGUUUAUUGCAGUUGUAGGCUCAUGUCCAGUGAAUCAAGUAGUUGAAGAUGAUGUUGUUUUAGAAAUCGAGGACAUGGUGUUGUCACACGGUCUCGAGUUUAUAAACUUGUCGACUGAGGGAGAGAACGAGUACAAGGAAAAGCAGGGCAAGGAUAGAAUAGUAGAAUUGGUCGAGAGUCACGAUUGGACAAAUUUGGAGAUGGUUAAAGUUGACUCCAAGCAAUAUGAGGCCAAUAAACUCGCCAAAAUUGAAUCAAUGAAACAUAAAUUGAUAAAUGAAAAAGAGGAAUUGGAUCUAGAUGACAUUUUUAAAAAAUUAAAUCUUGCGAGAGAUCAUGCACUGUCAUUAACUCAAAAUGAAAAGGAUAAAUAUGCUAAUAAAAUUAUUGACGAAAUUAUAGACUUUUUGUAA